AGGGCAUGAGUGAGUCAGCCCGCAAGGCGAUAGAACGCUACCUCCGCCCCGAGGAGACGGUUGUCAUUGCAUGCGAGGCCAAGUUUCUGAAGAAGACGUCGGGGAAGAUGCGGGCGCGGAUGAUUGCACUUGUGCAGAGCGGGCCGGCGCGGAAGCGACAAAGUGCGGUGAUGACGCUCAAGUCGAAGCGGUUCUCGCAGCCGAUCCUCAAAGGAGUCUACCCAAUUACGCCUGCGUUUCGGUGCAAGGGCCUCGGCGGCGACAAGUUCUCCAUCUCGUAUGAGGGCGUGGCGUCGGGCGAGGAGUAUGUGUUUGAGAUCUCGCGGGUGAGCGUGAAAGAGAUGCUGGUACCGAUGAUGACGGCGCUCAAAGCUGCGCGUGAGGCCGGGGCUGUGGCGCUAGACUGGCUCUCGUACUACGCCAUUGUGGAUCAGCCGGAUAACGAACCCGAGCUGGCGAUGGCGACGGCGUCCGGAGCAGGACCGGUGGUGUCUUCAGCGGCGGCGAGCCGGGCCGGUCCGUCUGCAGGCUCGGAGUCUGAGAGCGACGAUGAGGAGGGUGCGGAGGAUGGAGGCGAUGAUGGUGGCAGGCUGCUGACGGUGGGCGGCGGGGCCGGGUCGAGUGGGGCGGAGAUGAACAGGCGUAAGGGCUCGGUUGUGUCCUCGGACGGAGGCGGUGAUGACGAACUGCACAACCCGCUCAUCGGGACCUCUGGACGUGCGCUGUCGAACCCGGACGCGGUGAUGGACAUCAAAGAGCAGUGGAUCCAGGAGCAGAUGCUUGUCCGUGAGGACGAGUUUACCGACAAGGUCCCGUUCCGGCUUUUUGUGGGCACGUGGAACGUGAACGGCAAGAAGCCUGGCGAGGAGCUCGACCCGUGGCUGUGCGCGCACGACGAGCCAUCGGACAUCUACGCGGUCGGCUUCCAAGAACUCGACCUCUCUGCUGAGGCCUUUCUUCUCAACAACACGACGCGGUCAGCGCCGUGGGAGCAGCACAUCGAGCAGGCGCUGUCCAAGCACGGUGACUACGUGCUCAUCACGUCGAAGCAGCUGGUGGGCAUCCUGCUGUGUGUGUAUGUGCGGACCGAGUUUCUGCCGUACAUUUCGGACGUGCAGACGGACGUGGCGGGCGUGGGCGUGAUGGGCGUGAUGGGCAACAAGGGUGGCGUGGCCAUCCGGUUCCGGUUCCACGACUCGCGGUUCUGCUUUGUCAACUCGCACCUUGCAGCGCGGAUGGGCAACGUGGCGCGGCGGAACCAGGACCACAAGGAGAUCUGCCGGAGACUAGCAUUUCAGGUCGGCGGAGCUUCCAAGCCGUCGGGCGCCGGAAGCGAGGCCGACUCGUCGGCGAGAGUUGCCGCCGACUCGGGGCGGGCGUACGGCAUUUUUGACCACGACUACUUGUUCUGGCUUGGCGAUCUCAACUACCGCAUCUCUACGCUGGCCGACGCGCAGAUCAAAGCGCACGUGGCGGCCGAGGAGUGGGACGCGCUGCUCGAGCACGACCAGCUGAUGGUGGAGCGGAGAGCAAAGCGAACGUUUGUGGGCUUUGCUGAGGGCCAGAUUGACUUUAAGCCGACGUACAAGUACGACCCGGGCACCUCGCGGUUCGACACGUCGGAAAAGAAGCGCUCGCCGGCGUGGUGCGACCGGGUGCUGUGGAUUGCGCGCCGGUCGGUGCUGAACCAGCACUUUUACGGCGGCCACCACGAGCUGCUCACCUCAGACCACAAGCCGGUCUCGGCGGUCUUUACCGGCGAGGCCAAGAUUGUGGUCAAGGAGCGCAAGGCGCUCAUCUACCACUCGGUUGUCCGCGAGCUUGACCAGCUGGAGAACGAGUCGAUGCCCGACGCCACGCUCUCGUCGUCGACCUUUGACUUUGGCACCGUCCACUUUAAGGAGCCGCUCUCGCAGUCGCUUGUUGUCCACAACAACGGGCAGGUCAUGAUCCACUUUAGCUUUAUCCCCAAGCCCGGUGACACGCAGCGGGCAUACUGCAAGCCGUGGCUCUCGAUUGAGCCCGAGCGUGGCCUGCUGAUGCCCGGCAAGUCGGCCGAGGUCAUGCUCACGCUCACGGUCGACAACGAGUGGGGCACCCGGCUCAACCUUGGCGAGGAGGAACUGGAGGACAUCCUCAUCCUGCACCUCGAGAACGGCAAGGACUACUUUGUCAACGUCCGUGGCGAGUACGCAAAGUCGGCCUUUGGCGCCUCGCUCGACCACCUGUGCCGGCUGGCGGGGCCGAUUGCCGCCGCCGGCUCAUGCGCCACGCCUGACGCCCCCGUUCUCUCGGUGCCCAAAGAGCUGUGGUGGCUUGCCGACUACCUCUACACACACUCGACUGACGAUAUUGGGCUGUUCCAGGAGUCAGGCGAUGAGGCCGAGCUCGCCACCAUCCGUUCGCUGCUGGACUCGGGCCAGGGCCUGCUCGCGUACUCGGGCUCCAUCCACUCAGUCGCCGAGGCCCUACUCAAGUUCCUCGCCUGCCUCGCAACCCCGGUCAUUCCCUUCCGAAUGCUCCCGCGCGCCAUCGAGGCCGCCGCUUCGCCGCAAGCCGCUAUCGACCUCGUCGGCGUCCUCCCGGCCAUCAACUACAACGUCUUCACCUACCUCAUGGCAUUCCUCCGCGAGCUCACCGAUCUUUCGCCGUCGCUCACCCCUCACGCCUCGCCUACGUCUUCUCCUCGGUACUCCUCCGGCGGCCAGACGCCCAGGACGCACACAUGAUGGCUCGCCACUCCUCCAAGGUCUCCGAGAAGAAGGCCAAGUUCAUCCUCACGUUUUUGGGCGACAACCUCCCGCUCCUCCCUCCCGAUGUGCUGGCUGCUGACAACGAUGAGGAGUAGCCGACGUUGUUAUCGUGCUGCAAAAGAGUCUCCCUUUUCCCU